AUGGACUCCCAACCCACCAUCGCCAGCACCCUAAGCAGCGCUAAUCCCCCCAUGGCUCUGGAAGACCCAAUUCCACUAGCAGACUUUGGACAACCCUACGAACACAACCCCGGAAACUUCAUCGUGGAGUUUCAGCCCCGUCAACGCCCCAAAGCCAAGUUCGACAAAGGUUUCGCAACGAUUAUCUUCCUGGGCUUUCAUGAGCUGGUCAACAUCGAUGCGGCAGUCGGCAGAAACGGCAAGCCCGGGGCUCGGCGGGCCAGGAUGACCGGGAAGCAAUUGAGAUUCAUACUGGCUGUUCGGUGUGUGCUGCUCCUCGUUGCGGCCUUCAUGGUUCAAGUCCGUGGACCGUUCUGGUGGACGCCGAGCAUGGAAAGAGCAGAGAGGGAUGGUCGAGCCUUGAUCGAUGAGGGCCUGUCUGUUACGAGUCGCAAGUGGUUCAGGCUGGCAUAUGUGAUUGUGUGGUUCAUGAUGAUUGGGUGGUUGUCGUUGGUGGUGGACGGGAUGCACCGACUCGGGAUCGACCCCUCCAUCCGCCUCCGCCGAGCAAUCCGCUCCAAUGACCACCUCCUCGUCGCCCGCAUCCUCAAAUCCCACCCUCGCCUCCUCCACAACCCCGACCCAGACGAGCGCUUCGGCCUGUCCAACUCCAACCUCCACCUCGCCGCCUCACUGGGCCAUCUACAAAUAUGUCGAUUGCUGAUAUCCCUCGGCCACGAACGAACCAGAACAGCCGAUAACAACCCCACCGAUGACGACGAUAACAUCACACCAUCACUGAAUGACAACCAUCAAACACCACUCAUGCUCGCUUCUGCCGCCGGCCACACAGAAGUAGUCCACUGCCUAUGCGAAUUCCACCCAGCGGGUAUCGUCAGGCAGGAUAUACGAGGGCGGGACGCAAUCAUGGAAGCUUCACUACAUGGACACGACACAGUUGUUCAGUUGCUGCUAACGUACGCGCCUGGUGGAGCGGAGAGUGCGUUGAGAAACGCUGAUUUGGAUGGGAAUACCGCGUUGCAUUUUGCGAGUAGUAAUGGGAAUUUGUUGGUAUUAAGGACGUUACUGGCGGCGGGGGCGGAUCCGAGAAGGACCAAUGUUUGGCUGUGGACGGCCGAGGCGUACAGUGCUACUGUGCAGGCGGAGGUGUACCUGAAGGGGUUGGUGGUGGAGGUGGAGAGGAGGAGGGGGUUGAGGGCACAGGAAACGACACCACAACAAGAAAGUCCCAAGAGGAUUAGGGAGGGAGUUGGGGUUAUGGAUGCCAGCCCGAAGAAGGAGGUGGUGGUGGGCAAGGGGAGUCCGAGGAAGGGGUUUAGCUUGGGUUUCAUGGGCGGUGGGGUUAGGUUGGUGAGGGAUGGGGUUGGGGAUUGAGAGGGUUUCAUGGGGUGUGCUGAUGCUGUGCUUUGACAGUUGAACAUGGCGUGAGACAUGAGUGCGUCGGACACUUUUUGCUGCCUUUGUAAGAUUCUGGGUGGUAUAUAUCUGUUCGAAUACAUGCAGGGUACAAGGCUACGCUGAUACGAUCUCUUUAUGAGCAAGGGAAUAGGAAUAAUCUGUUCUGGUAUGAUUGUCUGA